AUGUCACGCGCCAGUCUUGUACAUGGCACGAAUCAUACUAUGAAUGAUACAUGGUAUGACGUAGAUUCAUUUUUAUUGGAUCAAGCCAAAGAAGUUCUCAAUAAACUUGUAGAUGGUUCGAUUGAUGAUGAAAUCUGGGGUAAAAUAGUUGUUAUGGAAAGAUGUAAAAGAGUUGCCAAAGCAUACUUAAGGAAAACAACAGUGAUUGUUGAUGGUUCAGAGGAUGAAUUUGAUGGCAAAACACUUGGAUUUAAUCAUUUUGAUAAUAAUGAUAGAGAUGAACACACAAACGAGAUUCGUUCCAAAAUUGGAGAUGGUGUCAUAUUGAAAAUGGAUUUACAAGGAAAUAUAAAAGGAAUGGCUAGAGGAACAAUCCCCGUAAUAACUCAAGGAUGGCGGGGUGAAAGGAAUAAUUGUAUAUCGGAUCGGUUGAUCCGUCAACAAGGACGUUUAAAUGCAGGAGAAGAAGAAAAAGCCUAUAAAAUGUUCGAUAUGAAGAAAUUCAAAUACUGCCUUGAACGGGAGCUUCAUGAUGGCAUACCUGACCCUAAACAACUGCUCCUUAAGACGUGUGUUCGUGUUGCUUUAGUUAAGGAUGGAAAUGACAUGGCCAGAACGCCUUGUUGGUUCGCAAUUGUAAAUUUAGUAGCUUUGGAUAUGUUACGUGAAAAGAUCCCAAAUAUAAGGAAAUUAGUCAAAGCGGAUGUUCUAUCGACAUCAGUUCCGUCUACACAAUCUUCUAACUCUGCAAUCUCACAGGAAGCUUUGACACAUAUUAUUGCGGCUGCUGUUAAUCAAGUCAAUAAUGGACGAACUGUAAAUCCUGCAGAAAUAGCACAAUUAGCUAGUUCUUUGAAUUUCUCAACAAAUCUUAACGAAACGAUAAGUAAAUCCAUUAGAAGUAAUGAUAUACCUAAAAGGAAACAUUACCAUUGCUCUUCAUCAUCUUUAGACUCAUCAGGAGAAGAUACUACCAAAACAGGCCGAAGAUGGGAAAAUAACCAAAAGCUUUAUGAGAGUUUUUAUGAUAGUGGAAUAGAAAAAACACGUGAAAAAGAGAAAAAGAAAACGGGUCGUAAUGCUCCAACAUCGAGACCUCGACUGAGUGAUGUCGUAUUCACUAGAAGUCAUUCGAUAACUUCAGAUUACGAUUCAAAUCGUGAAGUUUUCGAUUCUGGCAGCUGGAGUUCAACAAACAGUAGAGGAUUUAAAACUCAGUCAACUGCUUCUUCACUUGUGUCGGAAACAGAAUUGGGCAGUACAGUCAAUGAGCAUGGACGGGCUCACCUCGCAGAUGUAGUUGAUACACGAAACAUCCAUAUCGACAAGUAUGGAAAGAGCAUUGAUGACGAAAGCGAUUUAUCACUUCAUUCGGUUGUCUCUAACACCAAUGAUUCGAGUGCUCCAAGUCAUCAUCGUUCAACAACAGAAAUCCAUAUUGGAUCUUCAGAGGAUUCUGAGCAAAAAACAGAUGAAGAUGAAGGAGAAGAAAUGAAUGAGUCCGCUGAAGAAUCAUGCGAUACUCGUAGCAAUUCGAGUGGUCAAGUGGAAAGAUUGCGAGAAGCUUCAUCUCGAAAAUCAGCAAUUGAAGAAGGGACUGAACAAUCAAUGAUAGAUGCUCAUCAUCAACAGAUGCCAAACCAAUUUACGAGAAACGCAGCUCGGCGCUGGAAACCCAAGUUCAUUACGAACCAGGACGCCAACACAGACUUCCACGGUAUCCCCCAGUGCGUGGGACACCAACCAGAAACAAUGGAGCGAACACCUCAACAAGUUCCAGAAAGCCCUUCUUCAACGAACUCCGACAGGUCCUUCAUCAACGGUCCGGAUCCCCAGUUCGACGAGGAACACCGAUCAGGACAAUUCAGGAAGAGGGAGGACGAGCUCAGAAACCAGAGUUUGCCAAAAUGGGCCUCAACCGCAGUUCAGAGAUGGGGAACGGAGUCCUUCCAAAGCAACAUCCCGCAGCACAGAACGACUCAGCAGUAUCAGCCAGCCGUCAACUGUUGGCCGGAAGCAGUUCCGAAUGCGUCAACAACUCAUCGGAUCCCAACAACCGGGAUGGGACGAACCUAUAUGGAAGCAUCAGCCAUUAUGGACCGAUUCCAGCCAGAGGGCUCCGACGAACCAGCACAAGUAUUGCACACUACGCAGGCCAGCAACAACAGCAGCAGUCAUCACAUCAGCAUCCACAACAAACCUAUCGAUACCGAUAUCCAGCACAAGCCAUUUAUCAGAGCAACAACCCCAACCAAUCUAUUAUGCCCAGCAGUACGGGAACCCACGUCAGUUGCAUGGCACAGUCCGCCACAACCGGAGUCGGACAAUCAGUGGCCGGAGCAGUCAGAUGCAGCAAUGGAGCCAUCCCAGCAAAUCCAUCAGCAGCAUCAGCUCACCGCAUUACGAGAACUGCCUCACUUCCAUGGACCGGAUCACAUCAUCCCACCCAACAAUCAGCAAUGCACAAGCCUCACCAAUAUCAGAGGCGAAACAUAUAAUUCGGCUGAUGGUCGAUUAAACUUAGAUGAGUUGUUUGAUGAUUUGCCGUCGCUGAGCGUAUAA